AAAUGGCUCUGUUGUCCGCAGUAAGUGACGCAUUUCACACGCGACUCUCAAUGUGGAAUGGAUCGGAAUGGAUUGUACAGAUGAUGCUAAAUGCGCUGCACAUUUAGAGGGUCAAAUAGCGAAUAAUGAUGUCUUAAAGAAAACGUAAUUUGAUUCUUCGAGCGUUGCACGCGGUGACUGUUAGACCUUUUCCAGACAUUAGUUCAUCCCAGUUUGAAGUUUCAGUGUGGCAACGAGGCAGAAACGAUGCUCCAAACACAGAGCCACCAGUGCAAAGCAAAAUACCUCAAGAGGAAAAAGGGAUCCAUGUCAUCAAUCAAGGGAGUUUUUCAUCUCACCACGCGAGCCAAGAGACGCUUGUACUGUAAAUUACAGCUAUGGAUGUGGAGGAAGCGGAGAGAGAAAUGCCGUUUUGCCAUAUUUAGAGCAAAGAAAAGAGCAUGUGGGGCCAGCCCCGGCUCCUGCCUCGGUGUAAAGACACACUCACUGAAAAACAAAAGCAAAAUUGUGUCACCUCUGGGAUGUGAUGCCGGAGGUUCAGAAGACAAGCCGGGAAUGCAGAAUUACCUGCGGACGCUGCGUCAGUCUGUCAGUCCAUCAGAAACAUUUGUUGGUUCCAGUUCCUCGCAGAUCCUGGUCACAGACACAGGAGUUAGUGAAAUUAUGGACCCUGUAAAACUUUCUCGCACUGUCAGACCUCUGCUGAGGACAGACUGUGAUGAAUGUUUUAAAGAACCAAGGACACUGGUACUAGCUCAGAGUGUUGACGGCCCAUCGGGACAGUUGACCGCUGUCCCUCCCGGUCGGGACCAGGCUGUGAACACUGAUACAGAUGAGACAGUCAUCAGUGAAAAGCCAGCGUCCUCUCAAACUUCCUGCCUUAAAGUACUGACAAAGGACAUCCAUGAAUUUCUUGAUGACUUCUACAGAAAGUAUGGAAGUUUCAUCCCACUCCAGAAAAGUGAUGUGCUGAGACACCUGAAGAUGAGGUUUAACGUUGAUUUCAAUGACAGGAAGAACGUUAUCUUCCCAGAAGUUACCGAGUACCGAACUGCGCUCAUUCAGAAACCUGCUCCCUCCUUCCAGGUGGUCUACAAGAAACACACACUGACCCUGGACGACCUGGCCACACUGGCAGAUCAGAACUGGCUCAACGACCAGGUCAUGAACAUGUAUGGAGAGCUGAUAAUGGAAUCUGCCUGUCACAAGGUCCAUUUUCUCAACAGCUUCUUCCACAGGCAGCUCAUGACUAAAGGAUAUGAUGGUGUUAAGAGAUGGACAAAGCGGGUGGAUUUGUUUUCUAAGAGUCUGCUUUUGGUGCCCAUCCACCUGGAGGUUCACUGGUGUCUGGUGUCAGCUGACAAUGUCAAAAAGAAGAUCUGCCUGUACGACUCUCAAGGGAACGCUCUCCAGAAGGUUGCAAGGAACAUCCUGAAAUACUUGAUGACAGAAGCAAAGGAGAAGAAUCAAACAGCUUUUGAAAAUGGUUGGGCUGUGUCAUUUGAUGAGAAAAUCCCACAACAGACCAACGAAAAUGACUGUGGAGUUUUUGUCUUGGAGUAUUCUCGAUGCCUUGCCCUGGGAAAACCUCUGCAGUUUUCACAGAAGGACAUACCAAAGAUUCGCAAGAGGAUCUACAAAGAGCUCUGUGACUGUAAGCUCCAUGAACAGGGCUGACCAGUGUCUUCUUUGUGUGUGUGAAUGUACUGCUGGCAUUAUGUGCAGCUUCUGAUUAGGGAAGGAAAUGAGCAGUCCACUCUGGUCUCUGUGUCGGGUUUCAUUAGCAGUUCUGUGACAAUGUUACAACACUAUGAGUGCAUAUGGCUGAUCUCUGCAGGUGCGCGUCAGUUGUACAUCAGGUGCACCGUUGAUAUUUUUAUUUAUACGAUCGAUAUUUAUUCAGGCAUGUUAUUUAAGAAAAUGUCAGACGUUGACUUUGAGUUUACACAUCUGCAGCGCACCAACAGAGCCUUACUUGUCUGGACUGCCUGUCGAAAUGGAUGUAAUGUGUCAAGGUCUUCAUCUGUGUGUCACUCAUUUUCUGUUAAGAUAUAUACACACCUUAUUUGCACAUUUCAUGUGUUUCAUUUUGCGUCGUUUGACAUUUGUUUGCAUCAUAGUUUACAUGCUAGUACCAUAUGAAUUAAAACUGUGUAUAUUUUGUUUGUUAAGAAAAUUAAGUUGUGCGAACUGAAAUUGGUGUCCAGGUUAUUACUUAUGUUUGUUGCAUUAUAGAGAUAUGUUUGUAAAGUUUUAAAUAAAAGCAGUUUCCAAACA